AUGGAUCAAGAUCGCGACCAAGAGCCUUAUGUUCGAGAGCGAGAUCCAAGAGUGAUCAACGUAAGUUCAGAAAUGACCCGUUAGAAUGCAAUUCUUGUUCAGGGAGUACAACCGAUCAUUAUCGCCCUUGCGUCACUCAUGUUCCAUCUGUUCCCGCCCGGAGAUUUCCUCUUCCUCGACGACGACGAAAACAUCGUCACUGCGAUUCUGUAUUGCGAAAUCAGCCACGGCUAUCUGUGCGUCAUCUUCCAGGAGCACGGUCGUUACACUCAUUUCCGUCACGUACCGGCACAGGAAGCUCUUCAAAACGGAUAA